CUGCCAUUUCUCUGGGUACCUCUCAAGGCAACAGACAAAAUGCUAGUCCCCGCACUCCCGCUUGCCAUCGUCCUUUUGGAAAUGUGUGUCCCGAUUACAGGAAAUAAGACAAGCUUUCUCAAGAAACAUCUGAAUAGACGUCCAAGAGAACCGGCUGCUUCAGCUCCCAUAGACUGCAAAAUGAGCGGGUGGAGUGAAUGGAGUCCAUGUGAUCCCUGCCUCAAACAGAUGUAUCGAUCUAGAAGGAUCGAGAGGUUUGGCCAGUUUGGCGGAAAGCAUUGCUUCGAGCCUCUGGGAGACCGGCGCAGCUGCGAGACCCGCGACCUCUGUGACGGGGACGGAGAAGACUGCGGCGGUGACUUUAAAUGCGACUCGGGGAGGUGCAUAAAGAGGAAGCUUGUGUGCAACAACGACAAUGACUGUGGCGAUUUCUCUGAUGAAAACGACUGCGAAGACGAUCCCCGCUCACCCUGCCGUGACAAGAUCUUGGACGAAUCAGAGCUUGGAAGGACAGCUGGAUUCGGACUCAACAUCUUGGGGAUGGACACUCUGGGCAAUCCUUUUGACAACGAGUAUUUCCACGGACUCUGUGAUCGUGUCCGAGAUGGUAACACCAGGACCUUUUACCGUAAGCCCUGGAACGUGGCUGUUCUCAAUUAUGAGACUAAAGCAGAGAAAAAAUUAAGAACAGAAGUCUUUACGACGCAUUCGUCCAUAACAAAAGAGGUCUUCGAAGAAAUGAAAUACGGACUUGAAUUGGGAUUAUCUUUAAAAGUCACGCAGACUGAAAUCCUCAGCUGUGCUCUCUGUGAAGAGGAAAACAAGACCACUCCACCUUCAGAAUUGCAGUCUAACAUGGUCUUUAGGUUUUCUAAGGCUAAAAGCAUCAACAAGAUCAACAGCUAUUCCAAAGACACGAAAAAGUCCUUUCUGCAUGUGAAAGGAGAAGUACAACUGGGAAGAUUCCUGAUGCGAAGUCGGGAUGUCAUGCUCACAACCACCUUCCUAGACGACUUAAAAGCUUUACCCCUCGACUAUGAGAUGGGGGAAUAUUUUGCAUUUCUGGAGACAUACGGCACUCACUUCUCGAGCUCUGGCAACUUGGGAGGAGCAUAUGAAUUAAUAUACGUCUUGGAUGACAUUGCAAUGAAAAAACAAGGUUUUGAAGUCAACGAUGUGCAGCGAUGCCUCGGGUUUAAUUUUGGUAUAACCUUAAAAGUGUCAGACAGUGAAGUGAAACCAGAAUUUACAAGUUCUCGAUGUUCCCAGAUAACUGUGAAACAGUUAGGGGAGAUCAACCAUAAUAAUGUUAUAGACGAUAUCAUAGUGAUGAUAAAAGGAGGAACCAUUGAGCAAGCUGCCAAACUCCGAGAAAAGCUGAUGCGUGGAGCCACGGCGGUGGAUGCCAGUUACUUUGUAGACUGGGCCGCCUCCCUCCAGGAUGCGCCCGUUCUCAUCCACCAGAAGCCAUCGCCCAUAUACAAUCUGGUUCCAGUUAAAAUGAAAGAUGCCCAAAUAAGGAAGAAAAAUUUGGAAAGAGCUAUCGAAGACUACAUCGUCGAAUUCAAUGUGUGCAAAUGCCAACCGUGUCAAAAUGGCGGGACGGUGAUGCUGGUGGAUGGGGAGUGCACGUGUUCUUGCAGCCUCCAUUUUGAGGGAGUGGCCUGUGAAAUCCGCAAACCCCAGGUUCAUUCAGCCGUCGUCGUGGACGGGACCUGGAGCUGCUGGUCAUCCUGGUCGCCGUGUAUGAAGGGAGAACGGUCCCGGACUCGUGGGUGUGUUAACCCUGACCCGGAGCAGAGGAGCAGGCCCUGCCAGGGUGCUGAUGUGGACAAAGUCUACUGCGAGGAUGAGGAUGAGGAAAUUGUGGGGCCGACGCCCCGGUCCUCAUAGGUGAUGGCUCCGGGUUUGAUAGAAGAUAAUACAAUCUUCAGGGAGAGCCUGCAGUUCUCAGAAAUUCUUUACUAAAUCAGAGUUCCCCUACUGCAGAGACAGCAGGGAAGCAAACUCAAACCGUCUCUUCAGCUGGAGAGCAAAAUACAAAUAAAAGGCAAUAAACUUGUUAAUGGAAAGGGAACGGCGGCGUCCGCCAGCU